UCACACCAAAUGUGACUCAAUCGUUUGUUCAGGCCUAAUCUUGGUCGUGUUCGCCGUUUGUGGGCAAAGCAUGGGGAACGAACAUACGAUCCCCUUAUACAACCGCGCUUCUCGGACUGCCAAUGAGUGGAAGAACUGGCUGUGGGCAUUAAUUGGAGUCGUCAUUAUUAGCUCUCUCGGCUGGACGCAUCACCUUGGUCGUUCGCCUUCGGCGCGACAUGUCGUCCCUAUCAAUGCCCAACAAAUUAUUCGAGAGUGUCUUUCCUUGAACACUCUCCCUGGUCCUCCCCCCAGCUUUGCUAGUCGUACAGAGUCUGACCGCUAUGAGCCUGGAACCAGAGUAACCCUUAUUCAGAACGCGACCCUUUGGACGGGCGGCGAUGACGGACGCGAAGUAAUCGUUGGAGGAGAAAUACUUAUUGAUAAAGGAAUUAUCAAAGCGGUCGGGGAAGAUAUUUCUCGGCUGUUCGAUUUGCGGGGCAAUGUGUUUCGCAUCAACGCGGAACUCUCCUGGGUUACGCCCGGUAUCAAUGACCUCCACUCUCACCUGGGAGUUGAUUCAGUCCCUGAGCUUGAGGGGAGUAGUGACACCAACUCUUGGCAAGGUAUCACGCAGCCAUGGCUGCGAUCGUUAGAUGCAAUCGACACACAUGACCUGGCGUAUAAGUCGUCCAUUUCUGGCGGUAUCACUACAUCGCUCGUUUUGCCAGGCAGUGCCAACGCUAUUGGUGGACAGGCUUUCGUCAUUAAGCUUAGAGACACUAGCGAACGCUCUCCGCUAUCCAAAGUCCUUGAGCCUCCGUACCACCUCCUGAAUGGGACUCGCGUUGACCCAUCCGUUCCCCCUCGUUGGCGCCACAUGAAGCAUGCUGCAGGAGAGAAUCCAUCUAGGGUAUAUAGUGGAACUCGAAUGGACACAAUUUGGAAAUUCCGAGCUGCAUACAAUGAGGCCCGGAAAAUUAAGCUUGCUCAAGAUGAAUACUGUGCGAAGGCGUCAGCGGGGCAAUGGAGUGGACUUCCACCCCAGAUACCUCAGAGUCUUCAAUGGGAGGCUCUUGUCGACGUUCUCCGCGGACGCGUCAAGGUGAACAUUCAUAUCUAUGAGACGACAGACUUUACGGGUAUUGUUGGAUUAUCGAAUGAGUUCAAGUUUCCCAUCGCUGCGUUUCACCACGCACACGAGGCUUACCUCGUCCCGGAUGUCCUCAAGGGGACAUACGGAGGAACCCCAGGGGUAGCUAUCUUCGCAACGAAUGCCCGCUACAAGAAAGAGUCGUAUCGCGGAAGUGAAUUUGCCGCUAAAAUCUUGACUGACAAUGGCAUCCGGGUAGUAGUUAAGAGUGACCAUCCUGUGUUGAACUCCAGAUUUUUGCUCUACGAAGCCCAGCAGAUCCACUAUUAUGGUGUUCCGGAAAACAAAGCACUCCAGGCUGUAACAUCCACCCCCGCAGAGCUAAUGGGUUUCGGAUACCGAAUUGGCUACUUAAGACCAGGAUAUGAUGCUGAUAUUGUCAUCUGGGAUGCCCAUCCGCUUGCUCUGGGUGCGACACCAAAGCAGGUUUUCAUUGAUGGGAUCGCUCAGCUUGACAAACCGGCCACCCUCACCAAGCCCGAAUACCUCCAGCAUGUACCCAGAACACCAAAUUUCACGAGAGAGGCAGCGGAUGCGAUUGAGCACGAUGGCCUUCCUCCCCUUAGAACAGGAAAGAAGACGGACGACAUCGUGACCUUCAUCAAUGUCAAGAAUCUAUGGACUAAGUCUAUCUCCGGAGUGAUCCACAGCACCCUCAAUACUGACAGUGGACCAGGUGGCGUUGUCGUUCUGCGUCGCGGAGAGGUCAUCUGCUCGGGCUCAGUAGCCUCGUGCUUAGGAGGAUGUAUUCUUCCUGGCCUGAUCACCUAUGGUUCUGGUCUUGGGUUGGUUGAGAUCCCCGCUGAAUCGAGCACUCUUGAUGGUGUGAUCUUUGAUCCCAUUCGGGGGGAAGUCCCUUCCUUUGUACAAGAUACUGAGAUUCGUGCCGUCGAUGGGCUGUCGUUUGGUGGUCGUAAUACUCUACUCGCGUACAGGAGUGGUGUCACAGCGGCUAUCACUCCACCUUCAUCUCGCGGCUUCUUUGGGGGUCUAAGCACCGCCUUCUGGACGGGUGGCAAGCAUAAACUUGAGAGACAUGCUGUCAUCCAGGACGUCACCGCCUUACAUGUUGGCAUUGGCCACUACGGGGCCAGCGUGUCUACUCAGAUUGCGGCACUUCGUAAAGCCCUGAAGGGCGAUCUGACCGGUGACCGUGCCAAAUGGUUCAAGGCAGCCAGCGACGGCAAGAUACCGCUGGUAGUUGACGUCUCAAAGGCAGAUCAUAUUGCAACUCUGCUAGAACUCAAGACCGAGAUUGACGAGUUCACUGGCAACAAGCUGCGCCUAGUAUUAGCAGGUGCUCACGAAGCUCAUCUUCUGGCAAAAGAGAUAAGCGACGCUAGUGUGUCAGUCAUUCUGAUCCCUGCUCGUCAAUUCCCCGAUACUUGGGACAAACUUCAAUCUUUGCCCGGUCCACCCCUGACUCCUGAGAGUUCCAUUGGCCUCCUCCUAAGACACGGUGUCACAGUGGGUCUCGGUGUUGUAGAAGAAUGGGAAGCACGCAAUCAGAGACUGGACUUGGGUUGGGCUUACUUCGAAGCAAAUGGGACAAUCAGCAAGCGAGAGGCGAUUGCGCUCGCCUCUUCCAAUCUUGAGAAGAUUCUUGGAUUGGAGCGCCAAGGGGAUCUCGUAGCAUAUGAAGGUGGUGACUUCACUGAAUUCUCCAGUAAACCCAUUGCGAUCAUUUCUCCCCGCCGUGAAUACGUUCACCUGCUAUGAGCUCUCCUUGUACAAACCUGCUAGACGUGCAUCCAUACCCUUUAUCUUGAACAAGUCUGUGAACAUGACCGUAUCUUC